AUGCCGCUGCGGGCGGGAAGGGCGAGGGAGCGCAGCCGCCGCAGGAGGAGGGCCAGCGCGGCGCAGAAGAAGUUCCAGCAGAGCCUGCGCCUCAGUCGACUGGCACCGCACUUGCAGCCGCAGCGGCUUCAGGGGCCGUCGGUGGGCAGCCGGCACACGGCGUUGAGAGUAAACCGCAGACGGCUGAAAGUGUGGGCGCCAGUGAAGUGCCACCCAAACCGGGUGCACUCCCACAGGCGGGAGGUGAGUCGGCGGAAGGCGGCGCUGGCGGGGCCACGGGGCGAACGAAAGCAGCAGAAGGCAGUGAAGAAGAGGGAGGCGGUGCGGAACGUCCAACGACGACUGAGCACAGCAGCGACUCGACAAUCCCCGCGCAGUCCACUGCCGGCGCCACACAGACUUCGGCGCAUGAAGCCGCCACCAACAGCAACACCACUCAGAAACCUGUGGCCAACUCUGCGGACGGCAGUGAGAUCAUGGCUCUGUGGGUGUGUGCACCUUCGCUGCUGCUGCUCACGGCCGCCCUUGCCUGUGCUGCUGGGUAAGUGGUGA